AUGUCGUCUGCUUUGCCCCCUCCCAAAGAUCUCUCUCACCACUUCUCCCGCAAUGCCAAGAAUCGGCAGCCCAGCUCUAUAAAGGACUUUUAUAAGUACUUCACCAUACCAGGCAUUGGAAAUCUUGCUGGUGGCCUUCCCAACAACCAUUAUUUUCCAUACGACACACUUGAAGCAUCUGUUGCGCUACCAGAUCGAUGGAAACCCACGCCGAACGAUCCGAUAGGUCCUCCCAAUGACAGUCUCAAGAAGCUCAAACUCUCCGAAGAUGUCAGUGCAUCACGAAUAUUGGUUCCUCACCAGUCUUCUGCCUCCAACAUACUCCGCAAGAUAGACCUGGAUAGUGCAUUACAGUAUGGAACUGCCCAAGGCUAUCCUCCCCUUUACAGCUUCGUUCGACAAUUCACUCGAGAAAAUCUUCAUCCCAACGUCCCGUAUAAGGACGGCGUCGAAGUUGUCCUGACUAACGGAUCGACAGACGGCUUUUCCAAGUCAAUGGAAGCAUUCAGCAAUAUAUGGGAUGUCGAAAAAGACUCGAUCAGAGAGAGAGAAGGCAUACUAUGCGAAGAGUUUGCAUACAUGAAUGCAAUCCAGGCAGCAAGACCGAGAGGUCUGAAUGUUGUCCCAGUGGCUGUAGACGAUGAAGGCAUGUUGGCAACCGGAAAGGACGGGUUGGCGGAUGUCCUCGAAAACUGGGACAAGGACACGGGAAAGCGGCCCCAUCUGAUGUAUACGGUGACUAUGGGACAAAAUCCAACCUCGGGGCUGCUAUCAUUGGCUCGCCGCAAAGAAAUCUAUGCGCUUUGCCAGAAGUAUGAUAUCAUUAUCAUCGAGGACGAUCCGUACUGGUACCUUCAAUAUCCCUCCGCCAAUGUCAUGUCUCUCAGAGCCCGAGGAACACGCGUUUCUGAGAAUCACCCAACCAACACCCAACCCCAGAACUAUAAUGCCGGUCAGCCAAAACCUACCUCCGGCUAUGCCUUUCUCGAUUCCCUCGUUCCUAGUUAUCUUCACGUGGACACCGACGGGCGUGUUGUUCGUCUCGACACGUUCUCCAAAACCGUUGCCCCUGGCUGCCGACUUGGGUGGAUCACUGCUCAGCCGUUGUUCAUCGAGAGGCUUCUGCGCAUCACUGAGACUUCCACCCAACAACCAUCUGGCUUUGUGCAGUCACUGAUCGCAGAAUUAGUCAUAGGCCCACUAAAACCAUCUGACGGCGGUCGUGGUGGUGGCAAGGAUGGCACGGGAUGGAAUAUGGAUGGAUGGGUGAGGUGGCUGGAAGGGCUACGUGGCAACUACGAAAGAAGAAUGCAGAAGAUGUCGUCGAUUCUCGAGGAUGGCAAGUAUACAAUUCAGACGUCAAUCCGGCAGAGAUCGAACCAGGACGGCGCUUUUGAUUUACAGGAUGAAGAAUUUCAGAUUGUUUCGAAGGUUCAAAUGUAUGAUUUCACAUAUCCAAUGGCUGGUAUGUUCUUGUGGAUGCACAUCCAAUUUCAGACACACCCUCUCUUCAGCAAAGUCGAUCAUCAACGACUAUCAAAGGCAUUAUGGGUCUAUCUAACCACUGAACCGUAUCGUGUCCUUGUCGCUCCAGGUCUGAUAUUCAGCCCUACAGAGCAGCUGAGGGAAGAAAAGGCUUGGCAGUACUUCAGAAUCUGCUUUGCUGCUGUCGAUGAUGACGUACUGGAGAAGCAUACUCUUGCUACCGUGGAAGCUUUCAAGGAUUUCUGGACAAAGAAGGAGAGUGAUAUUGACCACAUCCUUAAUGACGAGGAUGUUAGCAUCAGAGAAGCCAUGGGUAGUCAAGUCGGCCAAUUCUGGGGGCCAUGUUGA